CGUGUAGUGACACUGUAGUCUUGACGAAGGCUUAACUGCAGCAUCUCGCGCAUCGCGCUGGGUGUAAAUUACUGAAUAUGGAUAAGUUCAGACAGAUAUCUCUAUCUAUUUUAUCUGUUUUUAAAUUUUGUGUUUUAUGAUUUUGGUUUUAUGAUGAAUGGAGGGAUGCUCAGAAGCUGAUCCAAGCAUCGGCGUCGCUCGCGACAUUAAAGUAAUCGCGUUGGCACAACUGACUUUUCAGGGAACUUUAGUGACACGUCCCCGCAGCGGCGAAUGGGUGCUGCUGGAUGAAAUCAAUUUGGCCACGCCCGAGCUGCUGGCCCGCCUCAGCCAUAUAUUUUAUCGACAACACGCAGACGUCCUUCCUCCUCACCGAUCGCGGAAGCAUUUGGAAAUGAAUGUUUGCAGCGAUGACACGCCCAUUCCUCGGCAUCCCGACUUCCGCCUGUUGGCCUGCAUGAACCCGGCGACGGAUCUGGGGAAGCGCGAUCUGCCGGCGGCCGUCCGCAGCCGUUUCACGGAGAUCUACUGCGGCGAUCUGUCGGAUCGCGGGGAAGUCCGGCAGAUCGUCGUGGCGUAUCUGCAGCCGUUGGCGCUGAACGUGGAGCUGCUGGAAAAGGUCGUCGAGCUGUUUUUUAUUCUCAAGACGCUGGCCGAAACCAAGAUGGUCGACGGCGUCAGCCACAAACCACACUACAGUCUCCGAACGUUCACGCAGGCCCUGAAGUUUGCCGUGAAGAAUCCGAUGGGAAAAGUGGUUCGAUCGUUGUACGAAGGAUUUUGUCUGAGUUACCUGACGCAGUUGAGCCGGGAAUCGCAGAGUCUGAUGAAGAAAACCAUCGCCGAGCAUUUGUUCGGCGAAGCGGGAUUGAAGCAUCCGGAUUUGUCGCUGCGCGCGCCCCGCCCCACGGCAGGGCGCUAUGAGCGGAUCGAGGGAUACUGGAUCGCUUGCGGCCAGCUGGAGCCGGUGCGGGACGAGAAACACAUCCUCACCGAGACCGUCAAGAGCAAUCUGACGGAAGUGGCGCGCGCCGUUUCCGCAGGACAAGUGCCGGUGCUGCUGCAAGGCGAGACGUCCAUCGGGAAGACGAGCCUGAUCACGUGGCUGGCGCGGGCUACCGGCAACCGCUGCGUGCGCCUCAACAACCACGAGCACACCGACCUGCAGGACUACCUCGGCUCCUACCAGCCCAACGAAGACGGCAAACUGGUCUUCUGCGAAGGAAUUCUGGUGGACGCCGUGCGCAAAUUAUUAUUAAGGCUAUACUGGAUUAUCCUCGAUGAACUGAAUUUGGCGCCCGGUAACUACGAAAUGGGAAUUAAUAACCGCCGCCGGCACAACUGCGUUUAAUUCUUGGAAGACACUGAUACCCACAACCUCGUCGAUUGGAGCACCCACUCGUGCAGCUCUCGGUGUGGCCGGAAGAAGCACUCCAACGGUCCUUCGUCGGCCAGUGUGACACCCAAAAUCUCGACUGUAUCGCGAAUCACAUUUCCGGGGCUGUUGGGCGGCUCGUUGCGGUUGGAUGCCGCGUCAUUCGGUAUCAGCUGGAACAGGCCCGUUCUGGGCAGGAGGGCCCCGUACGGCGCUUCCGUGGGACCGUGGAUGAUCCGGCCGUUGCGGCGCCAGAUGAUGUGGUUGUCCAUGUUCACGCGGAUGCUCUCGGGGAGCGGGAACCGGAUACUGCACAUCACUUUGACGUGGUCGCCCUCCGUGGCGGUCAGAUAGUCAGCGGCCGGCGCAAAGACCUCGUCGCGGCGCGUGACCAGCGGCAGCAGCAGGAAGCUCUGUAGGACGCGGGGGCGGGGCGAGUAGGUGUGGCCGGGCGGGGUGGUGAUGCAGUGCAAUGAGCCGCCGGAGCGCAGGGUGACGUUGAGGACCUGCAGGAUGAGGGCGUUGUCCACCUGGGUAAAGCGGUAUCGCUGUCCCGUGGUGUCCUCCUCCGGCAGCGGCCGCAGCUGUCCCGCCUGGAAGACGGUGCGGUCCUGGUGCAGCCAGGAGACGGCCAGCCAGUCCACUCCGGCGGGAACGAUGCAGCGGAACGUGGCGUCCUCCCCCAAACGCGGCCGAUGCGCCACUUUGUCCGUCACGUCUGGGCUUGGAGGCAACCGCGUUAGUGUGAUCCGGUCGUCCAGCCGGUUGUUCCGCAGUGCUUCUUCCAGCAUGUCGUUCACUAACACGGGAGCGAUUUACUUACAGAGAUACGAGGGACGUCCUGAUAGCUAGUAUGCAGAUAUAUAAAAUAUAUAUAUAUAUAUAUAUAUAUAAUUAUAUUGUAUAUAGAAAUACAAUAAAGUACAGAAUUCAUCUUCAACCAAACCGUCCAAACGCACGUAAGGUAAUAAAGUGAUUUGAACAUAGUGCAGACUGAUGAAGAAAAAAUAAAAUAAUAUAUUAUAAUGCGAUACGGUUUUUCGAUACUAACAGUUGGCUGACGGCGAUGUUUUAUGUGGUUUCGGAAAUCCCGGACAUCCUGCACACAAAUGCAGAUGCAAGAGCAACAAAAAUCUACAUGUUGACCACAGGCAGCCACAGAGUUUUCUCCAUGUGGACACAGACAUCGUAUACAUAUGAAAUUUUAUCUGCACAAAUAAGUAUCAAUUGUCAGUACGGAUAAUUAUUAUGGUUUGGAAAUCCAAAUCCACUCAGCUGCACUAAUUGUUACCAAGGCAGCCAAAACCGAAAUUUCAAAUUUUGCAUUGCAAUGGAACCGGAUGUAUCGCGAGAGCGGUAGUAUUUUAAUUUCUCAUAUAUGCCCGUAGGAGUGGGUUUCAAAUUCUAAGCGAAUCUGGCUUUGGUAUGGUUGCUUAACCGCACGAGGCGGCAGGGUGGCUGAAUGCAGUGUCUACUGUCUAGUUCUACAGAGUACAGUCACAGUACAGUGAACAAAUCGUACCACUGUUACGGUAACAGAUGCUAACCAUGGUAAGAUGCGGUACGCGAAGCACCGUCCUGCCGUGCUACGGUACUGUACUCUAGAGCCCUGCAACGGACUGGGAAAUCCGAUCCACUCCGAACCCACUCCGAUUUUCGGACCGGAUUGGACGGAUUUCAAUCUGGAAAAUUCGGAGUCGGAGUGGUUUCGGAGUUUUUGUGCACCUGUUCGGACCGGGUUCGGAUGCAAUCGAGACUCCGAAUAAUCCGUAAUUAAAUAAAUAUUAUUAAUUAAUUUUGAUUGAAUUUCACCGGCCUUCAAAACAAAAAUUUUCGUCAGCGUCGCGCUUCGCGCGAUGCUUCCAUUUGCGCUUAAUUAAUUUGCACCGAAGUAUCUGCUUUUGUUUAGUAGACUUGACGUGUGGGAGUAGGAUCACACGCCGGAUGUACGUACGGAUGCUGACUGUCCGCCUUCCACCUGCAACAUAACGGAUAAUCUAGUCAAUCUCCACUGUGAUUUGCUGUUCUCUUCUACUAGCGGUGUAUAUGAUGUCAUAACGCAGAGUCUAUAUAAGUUUGAGUUGUCACUAAUAUCGGUAGCAGUCGCUGAAUUGACUUCUAGAGACUGUUUCUAAUUACGAUUUCCUAGCGUUGUGAACUGUGGUGUGAAUUGGAUAAAGAGGCAGCAAUACUUGUUCCUACGGAAGUGCAUAGUCGUUCACGGAUUAUCGCUUAGUACACAGGUUUGCUCGUGACACAAUCGUCCUAGCUCUUGCCGAUCCUCACAGGACUUACGACCGGAAGUUGUAGUUGGAGUAUUCCUGCUUAGGGAUUCCUGAGUUCCCGUGUUCCUGAGUCGUCCGUCGUUUCCACCAUAGUUUAUCUGUUACAGUUUGAGAUGAGAGUUGCCUACCGAUUGAGCAUUACAGGCGUGGAAGAGUAAAGAUUGUUCAUGGAGCCCUAAACGGCGUGAACGCUUAUACACGACAGACUGUUGUUAAUUCUCUUUAAUUUCCUUUUAUUAAUUCUCCUGACACUUUUGAAUAUUUAGAGUGUUUUGCGAUUGUUAUGAUGUCGUUGUUUGUUAUCGCCUUAUCAAAUAAUUUUAGUAUAACUACUACAGUACGUUAAAUGGACCACAUGUGUUGUGCAGCUCAGUCAGUUUCACUAGGCACCGGCUUCCCAUUUUUAUUUGCAGCGUUUGUAAUUGGAUUA